AUGGAUGGACGUGGAAGCGUACAGUACUGUCGCCACUUUCUCACCGACAACAGCACAUUUCACGUUGAGCGAUGUAUGAGUGUGAUGCAGUCAGGCACUCAGAUGGUGAAGCUGAAGAAUGGUUCCAAGGGCCUGGUUCGCCUCUUCUACCUGGAUGAGCAUCGCUCCUGUAUCCGCUGGAGGCCUUCCCGCAAGAGUGAGAAAGCCAAGAUCACCAUCGACUCGCUCUACAAGGUUACCGAAGGUCGACAGAGCGAUAUCUUCCAUCGGCAUGCUGAUGGGAACUUUGACCCCAGUUGCUGUUUCACCAUUUACCAUGGAAACCAUAUGGAUUCUCUGGACUUGGUGACAUCCAAUUCAGAGGAAGCAAGGACGUGGGUGACGGGACUCAGGUACCUGAUGGCAGGCAUCAGUGACGAGGACUCGUUGGCCAAAAGACAACGAACCCAUGACCAAUAUCCUUUAGAUGAGUAGAGGUGGUGGAUGAAGCAGACAUUUGAGGAAGCUGACAAGAAUGGAGAUGGGCUCUUAAACAUUGAUGAGAUCUACCAGCUGCUCCACAAGAUGAACGUCAACCUGCCUCGUCGCAAAGUGAAGCAGAUGUUCCAGGAAGCAGAUACAGAUGACCAACAGGGAACACUAACAUUCGAGGAGUUCAGUGUGUUCUACAAGAUGAUGUCCUUAAGGCGAGACCUCUUUCUGCUCCUCAUGUGCUUCAGCGAGAAGAAAGACUACCUGACAGCUGAGGAGCUUGGUAACUUCCUGCAGGUGGAGCAAAAGAUGUCCAAUGUGACAACUGAGUACUGCCUGGACAUCAUUGAUAAGUUUGAAGUGUCUGAAGAAAACAAGCAGAAGGGCAUCCUGGGUAUUGAAGGUUUCACUAAUUUCAUGCGCAGUCCAACAUGUGACGUCUUUAACCCUCAGCAUAAUGAAGUUAAUCAGGACAUGGACCAGCCGCUGUGUAAUUACUUCGUAGCUUCCUCUCACAAUACCUAUCUGACUGGAGACCAGCUCCUCUCACACUCCAAGACCGAUAUGUACACCUGGGUCCUGCAGGCCGGCUGCCGCUGCGUGGAAGUGGACUGCUGGGAUGGUCCAGAUGGUGAACCCAUAGUGCAGCAUGGAUACACCCUCACCUCCAAAAUCACCUUCAAAUCUGUCAUCGAGACCAUAAACAAAUACGCCUUCAUCAACAACGAAUACCCGGUCAUCCUGUCCAUCGAGAACCAUUGUAGUGUCCAGCAGCAAAAGAAGAUCGCUCAGCACCUGAAGGAGAUCUUUAACGACAAGCUGGACUUGGGAAACAUCUUGACCAAGGACUCUAAACAGCUGCCCAGUCCCAACAGUCUGAAGGGCAAGAUUUUAAUUAAGGGAAAGCGUCUGUCUGCAGAUGCCGAGGAGGGGGAGGUUUCAGACGAUGAUAGUGCAGAUGAGAUUGAGGAUGAUUUCAAACUGAAGAACAGUACAUCUAACGGACCCACACAACACAUGGUGGAAUCUCAAAUCAGGAAGAAGCUCGACUCUUUGUUGAAGGAGUCUCAGAUUGUAGAUAAGGAGGACAAAGACAGCUUCACUAUCCAAGCACUGCUCCAAGCUACACAUGUGGGUCUGCACAAGAACCUGAGCAAGAAUUCCAAAGAAGGCCUAAAGAAGUCUCAGAGUCGAUCCUUCAUAAGCAACCUCAAGCAGAAGAGGCACUCCAAAUCAAGACUGAAAUGUCACAGCGUGGACACAGACGAUGAUGGACAGAAGACAGAAGGACAGUUCAACAGGGGUGGACGGAGGAGGAAGACAAUAAAGCUAAGCCGAGACCUCUCCGAUUUGGUCAUCUUUACCAAUUCUGUGGUGUCUCAGGAGUGUCUGGAUGAGGGUCCCAUUGUUAACGUGCUGUCGUUCAGUGAGAUACGGGCACAGCAGUUGGUGCACCACCGGGCUGAACGCUUUCUGAACUUUAACCAGCGGCAGCUCUCACGGAUUUACCCCUCUGCCUACCGCAUUGACUCCAGCAACUUUAACCCCCAGACAUACUGGAAUGUGGGCUGCCAGCUGGUGGCCCUGAACUAUCAGACAGAAGGCCGAAUGAUGCAGCUGAACAGGGCGAAGUUCAUGGUGAACGGAGGAAGUGGCUACGUCUUGAAACCCCCACCCAUGUGCAAUGGUUCCUAUAAUCCGUACAGCGAUGACCCUCUUCCAGCGUAUCCUAAAAAACAGCUGGUUAUGAAAAUCAUCAGCGGGCAGCAGCUUCCUAAACCACCUGACUCCAUGCUGGGUGAUCGAGGGGAGAUUAUUGACCCCUUUGUGGAGGUGGAGAUCAUUGGCCUUCCAGUAGACUGCUGUAAAGAACAGACCCGGGUUGUUGAUGAUAAUGGUUUUAACCCAGUGUGGGAGGAAACCCUAUCGUUCACCCUGCACAUGCCUGAGAUUGCACUAGUACGUUUUCUAGUAUGGGAUCACGAUCCUAUUGGGCGAGACUUCGUGGGCCAGAGGACAGUCGCUUUCACAAGCCUCAUGCCAGGUUAUAGACACGUCUAUCUGGAGGGGAUGAUGGAGGCAUCCAUCUUUGUCCAUAUCUCAGUACAUGAUCUCUAUGGCAAGUGGAGUCCCCUAGUCCUCAAUCCCAGCUAUACCAUAUUACACCUUCUAGGAGCUAACAAGGGUCGUCAGUUACGGGGUUUCCGGGGUCUGUUCAGCAAGGGCUCCAAGUGCUCUGUGGACACACAAGUUCUACCACGUAAACGCUCCCUGAGUAACCACCUGCUGCGCAGGACAGCUAGUGCUCCUGCCAAGGGACGCAAGAAGACCAAAACGGUACUGUCUGAAAGCUCAUUUGAGAAGGAGGAAAGCAGCAAUGGGGACCUCAAGCAACAAGCUAUGGAGAAAAGAGUGGGACCAAGGAUGGGCCUCCAGCACCGGCCAGCCUCCAUGCCUUUAGAGAGGCUCCUACAAGGCCGUCUUACUGUAUCCUCCUCUGAAAAAGAAGGACCCGACACUGGUGCUGAGACUAUAAUUGAUUUGUUUUUGGAGAAGCCUCGAUCUGUUUCUGUGGAUCUCCUUAUUGAAACCUCUGAAGUCCCUGAUGACAAUGCCCACUAUAUACAACAAAUCCGGCAGAGAACCACUAAGUAUGUAGAAACAGAUGAAACUUCUUGCUUCAUUAUAGGAGGAUGUGGUGAAACUAGCACUGAUGUCCUUACAGAAUGCCUUGGGCAUAAUUUGACCCAGCAAACCAAAGCUUCUUCUAUAAGGCCUACAGAAGGUCAUUCAAAGUUCCUGGAUCAACUUGACUGUCAUGCUAGUUUACAAACUGAGAUCCUCCAAAAGGAAGCUCCUAAAAGUAACAAAACAUCCCAAGCAGUUUCACAUUCUUUCUCUUCCUCUUCAGACACCAAUGCCAUAUCUCUUCUUCCAGACUCCUUGCAUCAGUCUAAGCAGAAGGAUCAGAAUUCACUUCAGGACAGUGCUCUCUCUCACCUCAUUGAUGCUGUUUCCCUAGGCAAUGAGAAUGACACAUGUGGGUCCAUAUCAGCUCUUAUUGCUCAGUUUGAAGCUACUGCUGAACAGAGUAACUUAAAUCUGUCCUCAGGGUCCCAACCCCCUCAAUUGUCUCUUCCACCAAAAAGCAACCAACAAUUCAGCACCCCACAAAAAAGGAUCCAGGACUUGUCACAAAAAGCCCAACAGCCUGUUGAAAAACACCUCCCUUGUAGUCCUGAGACCACUGAAUCAACUGUCUUCACAAUUCUAGAUGAGCAAGUGCUUUCACCUGUUUCUCAGUAUGACAUUCCUGAUCAGACUAUCUGCAAAAACCAAGAGAACUUGAAGUAUAAGUCCCCAGGUGGCAGCAGAGGUUGUCCCCUGACCAAGAUCCCUUUUGGAAGAAUGGUAAAAGAAAAUGGUGGACAGAAAUCUCAUAGAGAUAAAAGCCACAAGCCCCAGUGCCAGUCCCCUGCAUUUUCAAGAAACUGGGAAUAUGGAUGUUACAAAGACACCUUGAUAAACAGCAAAGCCUCAGAGCGUUUCUUUAUUUGUCACAACUCUGCUAGCAGCAGCUUGAUGGAGGUGGAGGUCAAUGUGGAUGGAGAACCUUUGGAUAAGACUUUGACUCUGGUACCAUCACAUCAUGAGUCAGUACAGAAUUCUCUUUAUUUACCCCCCUCAGUGAGCACACAUUCAUAUAAAUCCACAGAGUCAUCACUGUGUCAUAGUUCUUCCUCCCACAACCCUUUUGUUUCCAGCAUUCAUGAGCAUGAUUACCAAAACAACCAGCCCCACACAGAGCAGUGUAAUGAAAUUAAUGCUACCAUAUCAGGACAUUUUAAGCCUGGUAAUUACAAUGGGAUUGCAUAUAGCAACAGGCACUUUAAGGCUAGGGACAAGAAGGGUAUGAUUUGCAAGACACAGCAUGUCCAGAAUGGAUUUGCUUCCUCAGAAUGUCUUUUAAGGACUCAAAACAUGAACUAUCAAACAGAGAAUGGCUCAUCCUUGCCUGGGGUUGAUUGGGAUAUGAUCUAUAGCUCUGUAGAAUACAGAAAUACCUUUGGACCACCAAGGCAAUAUUCUAAGUCCUUACAACAACACCAGGCUUUGAAACCAACCCAUUCUGAGAUAUACAAAGGGAUCUACCUUGUUGGCUCUCCAGUGCCAACAGCUCCAAGUCCUUGCAAGUCCAAGAGCUUGGGUGACUUAACAUCUGAGGAUAUCUCAUGCAACUUCCAGAGCAAAUACAAGGUCAUCAGUCGCAGUUUCAUCACUCCAGCCAUGCGAGAACAGAAAUGGAUGUGUGGCCGGGCUAUUCAUCCACAGGCUUCAGACCCCCUGACAGAACAACUUCGUAAACUGGUGACUUUGGAUGAGGUGGACCACCACUCCAUCCCCUCUCAAGACUCAAAUGACCCUCCUACAUUCCUGUCACGGAAGCUUUCCUCACGUAGUCAGAGUCGUGUACGUCACAUAGCCAAUCGUGCCCGAGAAAGGCAGCAGGAGGCACUCAAAUUACAACCUGCAGGGGCUACUUCUGAUGUAGUCCUCCGCAAUAAGACAGUCUCUUCUCAAACUCCCCUCAUCAGUAGGCAUUCCACUGGCUCAUACAUCGCUGGGUACUUGGAGCAGGUAGGGCUGGAGGAUCGUGGUCUGCCUGAGGGAUCCUGCAAAAUACUUUCGAAUGGCUACCAUGAUCAACAUUAUGCUGAUGACUCUGUGGUCCCUCAUAAUUCCUGUCCUCCCUCUGAGCCUGAGGUCUACUUCCUUCUACGACUUUGA